AUGUCUGACAAAGAGGAGCUCGGCUCCGCCAACGGCGGUGGCCUUAAGGAAGCCCCCAAUUACGACCUCAGCCAGCGCCACAGCAAUGUCGUUGGCACCAUCAACAACGAGUCUGUUCUCCCGGAAGGAGUCGCUGCUACCCCCGGCGAGGAGUCUCUGCGCGUUCGCUUAGGCCUCAGCACCAAGUCCUUCCACAAGCGCCACUACGGCCCCGGCAUCGUCGAGCUGGAUCGCCGGAUGAAGCCCCGUCAUCUGAACAUGAUUGCCAUUGGCGGUUCCAUUGGUGCUGGUUUCUUCGUUGGCUCCGGCAGUGCUCUGCACAAUGGUGGCCCCGGCUUCCUUCUCAUCGACUUUCUGAUCAUCGGCGUCAUGAUGUUCAACGUCGUCUACGCUCUUGGUGAACUCGCUGUCAUGUAUCCGGUUUCUGGUGGUUUCUAUACCUACUCGGCUCGCUUCAUUGACCCAACCUGGGGUUUCGCCAUGGGCUGGAACUACGUCAUGCAAUGGGCUGCCGUCUUGCCUCUCGAAUUGACAGUAUGCAGUUUAACAAUCGCCUAUUGGAAUCCAGACAUCAACCAUGCGGCCUGGAUAUCCUUGUUCCUUGGCCUCAUCAUCAUAAUCAACAUUUUCGGCACACUAGGCUACGCCGAGGAAGAGUUCUGGGCCUCUGUUCUCAAGUUGUCGGCGACUGUCAUCUUCAUGAUCAUUGCCUUUGUUCUCGUCUUGGGUGGUGGCCCGUCCAGCGGCCAAUACAACCACUACUGGGGUGCUCGCCUGUGGUACGACCCUGGCGCAUUCCAAAAUGGUUUCCGCGGUUUCUGCAGCGUCUUCGUCACGGCUGCUUUCUCUUUCUCUGGCACGGAGCUGGUCGGUCUCGCUGCCGCUGAGGCUCACAACCCCGUCAAGGCCCUGCCCAGCGCCAUCAAGCAGGUCUUCUGGCGUAUCACCCUCUUUUACAUCCUCGGUCUCUUCUUUGUCGGUCUCCUGGUCAGCUCCACCGACGACCGUCUGCUCGGUGCCAACCCGUACGCCGAUAUCAACGCCUCGCCCUUUGUGCUCGUCGGCAAGUAUGCCGGUCUUACGGGAUUCGACGAUUUCAUGAACGUCAUCAUCCUCGUCUCUGUGCUGUCCAUCGGUGUCGCGUCUGUCUACGGUGGCUCGCGUACCCUCACUGCUCUUGCCCAGCAGGGCUACGCGCCCCGUAUUUUCACCUACAUUGACCGCUCCGGCCGCCCGCUGUUCUCGGUCAUUGCCCUCAUCAUGUUCGGCUUCCUUGCCUAUAUCUCGCUCGCUGCUGCCGGCUCCACCGUGUUCGAUUGGCUGUUGGCCCUGUCGGGCCUGGCUGCUCUUUUCACCUGGGGCUCCAUCUGCCUGGCUCACAUCCGCUUCCGCAAAGCCUGGAAGUACCAUGGCCACACUCUGGAUGAGAUUCCGUUCAGGGCCAUUGGCGGCGUCUACGGCUCGUACAUCGGCCUGGCCCUUAACGUUAUUGUGCUGAUUGCCCAGCUGUUCACUGCCAUCGCCCCCGUCGGCGGCGGUGUCAACGACGCCCAGGGCUUCUUCAAGUCCUUCCUUGCCUUCCCCUUGGUCAUCGCCUUCUGGAUCGGUGGCUAUAUCUGGAAGCGCCGCGGCUGGCUGCGCACGUCAGAGAUAGACGUCGACUCUGGUCGCCGUGAGCUCGACUGGGACACGAUCAACGAGUACCGUGCGUCGCUGGCCAAGAUGGGUGCUGCCCGCCGCAUGUUCCACACUGUCUUCUUGUAA